CACCAAUACCCACUCACGGUAAAGACGGUGCGUAUAAAUUAAUUAUCCCCCACGCCUUGCCGCUUCCAGAUUUUGCUACCUCUCUCUGCGCGUCUUUGAUAACCCUUGGGAUCUCUGGCUCUCUCUGCCUGUGACUGCAAACAAUAUGCAGGCCAGUGAUAGGUUUAACAUCAAUUCCCAGCUUGAGCACCUCCAAGCUAAAUAUGUCGGUACUGGGCAUGCAGAUUUGAAUAGAUUUGAAUGGGCAGUGAACAUUCAACGGGAUAGCUAUGCGUCAUAUGUUGGGCAUUACCCGUUACUAGCGUACUUUGCUAUUGCGGAAAAUGAAUCAAUUGGGAGAGAGCGCUACAACUUCAUGCAGAAAAUGCUUUUGCCUUGUGGUCUCCCCCCUGAAAGAGAAGACGAUUGAAAAUUGUCAUUUGGGCCAAAUCUGAAACAUGAUAAACUCCCAAUCUUUGCAGGCUGAGAGUCCCAUAUUUGUUUCCUAAAUUGUGAUAUCUAUAUAUGUUUUUGCUUGGAGGAACAAUUAUUGUAUGUGGGACUGAUGAAUAGAGCACUGGUAUAACACUUAUCCAACUUUUGUUUGGGCGUGUAAAAUUAGUCAUUAUGUGAGCGCUUGGAUUUUUU